AUGUAUGUGAAAUGGUUUGAUACAGUAAUGUUUUACUAUGUGAUUUUUGUGUAUUUAGUGAAUGUCACUUUUUGUCAUUUUCAAAUUUCCCUCCGUUCCUUCUCCCGUACAUCCUGACGUCGCAGGGAACGGAACCCAGAUGACAGAUGCCGGCAUCCGCCGGAGGACAUUACAGGGGACACUGCAGGAGGGACAUCGCGGGAGCACAGGACAAGGUAAGUGAAGAAGAGAUCCCAGAGCAGCGCUGCAUGGUAAGCCCGAGUGUAGCUCGGGGUUACCGCUUGUGCUACACUCGGGAAUACCGCCAGGGAGGCUACGGU